UGCGAUUUCCGCCUGCCGGCGAAUUGAAUCUGUUUUCCUAUUAUUCACAUAAAUUACAUCAAAAUCAUUAAUCCUAAGCAUAAAUCUAUUAUAAAAAUAUAAACAAUGGAUGAUUAUCCGGAUCCAGACGAUGAAUAUGAGCUUAUGUACGCAGAUGAACUAGAGUUGAUGCGAGAAAGUGAUGGUCGCACAGAUGCAAAUCCAGUCAAGAAAAAACCAAUUCCUACCAAAAGGAGUCUCGAUUUUUCUAGUCCUGCAUCUUCACAAACACUACCGAUCAUUCAAGAUGCCAACAAAGCGUUAAGUAGCAGCUUAGUCAAUAGCACACCAAACAGGCAAAUAAAUUCACAAAUAUCGGAUAAUACAACGACAAUAACAACUAAUAAACGAACGGCAGAAGAAUUAUUUGGGGAUAUAGACGAUAUUGACUUUGAAAAUGUGCAGUUACCGAGUAAGAAGCAGAAAACAGAAGAAGAGAAUGAUAUGGAUUUAAUUAACAAGAUUAUCGAGGGCAGGAGGUUGAGACAGAUGUUGACAGAGUCUAGUAAUAGAUUGCAAGUGGAUAAGCAGUCUAUUUACAACAACAAAGAAAAUUUGUCAUUAAAUAUUCCCAGAUGGCCAUUCAUGCCGUUAACAAAUUCAGAUGGUGACCGUGUAUAUGUGCGACUAGAAUCGGAGGAAUCUUGGGAUAAAUCACUGGAUGCAUGUACCAAUGAACUGUCAUUGCAAUCUACUUUCGCCCCUGUGUGGGUAGAAGCUAGGAAGAUAUUAGAGAGUAAAGAAAAUGCAGAGAACACAGAACAGGAAUCGGAAGCAGAUAUAAUAGCGACCCAGACUAUAGAGAACGCAGAUCUGUGGGUGGAUAAGUAUAGACCCACAUCCUAUGUGGACUUACUGUCUGAAGAGCCUGUUAAUAGGGCCUUGUUACAUUGGCUACAUUUAUGGGAUAAGAUAGUUUUCAAAAAGGAGGUCAAAACGAAAGACCCUCACGAGGCGAACAAAUUCAGCAAACGAACCGGCCAGUUUCAACUCACAAACAAGUGGAAGGGUAAAAAGGAUACUGAGGUUGAGAUAGAUGAAGAUGGCCGGCCACAUCAUAAAGUGGCGUUAUUAUGUGGACCACCAGGUGUAGGGAAGACGACCUUGGCUCAUCUGUUGGCGAGAUUAGCAGGUUACAGGCCUGUGGAACUAAACGCAUCAGAUGAAAGAAGUACCGAGGCUUUCCAGACAGCUCUACAGAGUGCAACUUUGAUGAGAUCAGUGCUGGAUGCUGAUAAACGGCCGAAUUGUCUUAUAUUAGAUGAAAUUGAUGGAGCUCCAAUACAAACGGUAGAACUUUUAGUCAAGUGGUGUACAGCAAGUACUAAGAAGGAAGACAGCAAGAAGAAGAAUAAAACUCAUCCAUUAAAACGACCUGUGAUAGCCAUCUGUAAUGAUCUGUAUGCAACAUCUCUAAGGCCGCUAAGGCCCGUAGCCCUAAUAGUGACCGUGAGCGGGGUGAGCGCGUCUCGCUUAUCCGCUCGCCUGGGCGCCGUGGCCAAGUGCGAGCGGCUGCGCGUGGCGCCGCGGCUGCUGUCCGCGCUGGCGGCGCGCGCGCAGGGCGACGUGCGCAGCGCGCUGCACGUGCUGAGCUUCUGCAAGGCGCGGGGCGGGCAGCUAAGUAUAGAAGAUAUAGAGAACACAUCAGUGGGUAUGAAAGACUGCAAUAAGACGAUGAUGCAAGCACUCCAAGCGAUCUUCACCAUUAAUGAUAAGGAUCCCAAUGCUGUGUUAAAAGUUAUACAGGCUGCUGGGGAGUAUGAUAGACUAGCGGACGGAAUAUUCGAGAACUACACAACCGCCCGUGUAGACGCGCGUUUGCACGCCGCGUGCGAAACGACGUCCUGGUUGCGUUUAUAUGAUCUAAUAUACACGUGGACGUUGAGGAAACAGAACUAUUCGUUAUAUGGAAUGUUGCCAUACUGCCUGUCAAGGUGUUACCAUAUAUUGGCGUCGAGACAACCUAUACGUGUGAAAUUUCCUAUGCAGGCGCAAGAGAUGUCACGAAAGAAAACAGAAUUAGAAAGUAUAGUAUCAUCAGUGUGGAAAGGCAGUGUCCCCGCUGUACAAACUACAAGGACAGCGCUGACUCUGGAUGUAUUACCAAUUUUACCAUAUUUAUUGUCACCCCAGCUUAGAUCGGCUAAUGUUCAGCUAUGUACCGAAAACGAGCGGGCAAGUGUAUCUAUAACAGCGGGUGCGAUGUGCGACUACGGGCUGCAGUACGUGCAGCAGCGGGCAGCGGACGGGCUGUACGCGUUCGUGCUCGAGCCCGACGUGCUGAGAGUGGCCUUCCUUAGUAAUGAAGAAAGAGUGAAGCCACCUCCAGCGGUUCGACAAGCGAUAGCAACGGAACAGCAAUUGGAAAUGAUUAGGAGAAAUGAUCAAAUGAUGACCAGAAACUCCAAGAACCAAGAUACAAAUAGAACCAGAGCAAAAGACAUUGAUAAAGGAAAACUGAAAAUGGACGCCAAAUUGCCAAACCACUUGCAGAGAUUGCAACCGAGGGUAGUUGAGAAAUCUACACCACAAGUACAUAAGGACUUCUUCGGACGUAUAGUGCCGCUAUCGCAGGUUCAUAAAAAUGACGCAGUUGCUGACGUCAUAUCGUCGAGUAGCAUUUUCUACCAAUACAGGGAAGGGUUCAACAACGCUGUACGAAGAAAUGUUCGGAUGCGCGAUCUGUUGUAGUUAAAUUAUUGUAAUUAAGCUUUUAAAGUGUGUAAAAGACAAUAAAUUAUGUACUGAGAAA